AUGUUCCCCUACCAGAAUCAACCACCUCAACCACACCAGGCACAAGACGACCCCAAUGUGCGGGCAUUGACAGAUGAAGACCAACAGCAACUUUUGAGACUGGUCCAGCGAUAUGGGAUUCCCAGCCUGCUCUGCGCUUUGACAGGCUCACCAUCGUCUUCGGGGGCCUCGACAUUCUCUGCAAGCACACUGCUCAGCAGCAUAAGUGCACCAUCUUUGGCAUGGACUGGGUCGGACGUGUCUCACUGCAGGUCGGACGACGCUUCAAUCCAUACCCAAUACACCUGGCCAGAGCUGUCUCAUGAUGUCCAAUCGAUGCAUGAUCCGGAACCUAGCAAAAUCAGCGAACGGUCUUGGUUAGAUUCCCCUGCCGCUGACCCGGUCCCGUUGCCACCAAAUGACAUGACCUCGCACCCGUCUCCCCGCCUCGUGCCUCCUACAUCAAAGAAGUAUCAAUGUCCCAUGUGCUUCCUUGAUAACAGCCCCGUGGGGUUUGGACGCAAAAGCGACUUCAAGAAGCAUCUGCACAAUUUUCACGGCGCCGAUGUGGUCUGGAUCUGCCGCACCAAAGGUUGCCACUUGACUUUUUCCACUGAAAGGGCCUACAGUACUCACGCCAAAGAGGCUCACAGAAUGAAGGCUUUACCUAACAGCACGGCACGUUCAGAACUUUGUACUCAGCUUGUCUUUUCGUGUGGCUUUGCCGCCUGUAAGGACCGUUUGUUUCAAGCACAGUCAGCGGAAGACGCCUCAUCAACCCGGGACAAGCACUUCGAACACAUCGCCAAGCACUUCGAGGAAGGAUUUGAUGUCAAAGACUGGGAAUAUAAAGUACAGAUUCAGAACUUGAUGCGACAGCCAGAUGUCAAAUCUAUUUGGAAGACUUGUAUUUGGCCCAAGGAAAAGCGACAGCAAUUGCAUUGGAGGCCACGAUCAUCAGGAGAUCUCAAACGGAUGCUCGAAUGUCGGCAUCUUGGCAAUGACAUCUCCAACUUGGUCCGCUUGGCGUUUAUCCUUGGCACUGCUCCUUUCACCUCCCCGGCCACACCACCACCUGGAGAGAUCGACAUGUACUUUCAACUCCCUUACCGAAGCCAGUGCCUCAUUAACUCUCCUGGACACAAUAUCGCAAACGCAGGAAGCCCAAAGCUUGACGACGACACAUCUUCGACCCUAACCACUACGAGAAGUCGGUCGAGCAUAUCCCAUUCUGUAUUCAGAUUGCCCAGUCGCCAAGGCAAACGAGUAUCACGUCCCCCGACUCCUGGUAGCGUGAUGGGCCCAAACAGCACACCCACCAGCUCGGCUGUGAGUGUUACAAGUGCGCCUGUAGGGGGCUCUGAAGGUACCCCGGACACGGUCAUGGGCGACGAUUUACAGAGUGGUCCUCAUCCUGGAACACCGUUCCCGAUCCCGAGCGAAUCUGUGUGGCCCGUCGAUGCGCCGAAAUUUGCACCCGAAGUCCAACAAGGCUUGCCGAAGCAAAUCAACACGCCCGUUGAUGGCCCGAUGAUGUAUGCCAUGCAGAUGGAACAAAAUCCUCACCAAUCUUGGUGCACUAUGGAAUCUUUUGACCCGUACCCGGCACCAGUCGGCGUUCCACACGGGGUUCCACACGGGCUCUAUGACUAUCAGAUGAAUGCAAGUCAAACAUCCACGGUUCGGCCAGCAACCCCGGUACCCCACAAGCGACCAGCUUCUUGGAGCCGGGUAGUGAGCAUGGAAAGCCUUCGACCAGCCAAAAAGGCAACUCCCCAUGAAAGCAUUCCUCCAGAGAUGGUACCUACAAUGCUGGGCAUGUAG